UUGGCUUGCACAGAACAAACCAAUCUUCUAGAAUCUUCCUUCUUCAUCUCUUCUCUCUCUACAGUUAUGGUUGCAUCUCCGACGAACUCAACAAUCAAAUUUCUCUGUAGCUAUGGCGGCAAAAUCUUACCUCGUUAUCCCGACGGCAAACUCCGUUACAACGGCGGUCACACUCGCGUCCUCGCCGUUCCUCGCUCCAUCUCAUUUUCCGAACUAGCGUCGAAGAUGGCGGAGAUGUGCGGUGGCGGCGGCGGCGGUGGAUCUACAACCGUAACGAUCCGAUGUCAACUUCCGAUGGAAGAUCUCGACGCGCUCGUUUCAAUUAGAUCCGAUGAAGAUCUAGCGAAUCUAAUCGAAGAGUACGAUCUCGUUUCUUCAUCUUCUCCGAUGAAAAUCAGAGUCUUCUUAAAUCCACCAAAAUCCGCCGUCGGAUCUAGAAAAUCACCGCCUCCGUUAGCCUUACCGUCAUCCACCACGUCAUCAUCUUCUACAACUUCCUCUUCUUCAUCAAGUCCUAGAUCUCCGUCUCUUUCAAAACCACCGCUUCCUCCAUCGCCACCGAGAAUGACGACGAUUACGAAGAAUCCGUGUUACGGUUGUUACGUUCACCGUAAUUCGAGAAAUAUCUACCUUGUUCACAACGGCAAUCACUGGCAAUAACAUCAGUGAAAGAAAAAAAAAUGUGAAGAAUCGUCGGAAUAUACAAUUAAAACAAAA